AUGAAAUUUUUGAUUGUUAAUGGAUUUACUGCAAAUGCUUCUCACUUAAAGAUCUUUAAUCAAUUUAAAUAAUAAAUAUACGAGGUAUUGAUUAAAAAUAGCUAGAUCACUUAAGCACAGAAGGAAGUCGCUGAUAUUGAUUUUGAAUUUAUUGAGCUUGAUAGACAUAAUUUAGAAGAUUAUUUAUUUGAGCCAGAAACAUCUCACAUCAGACCUGAAAAAGGGCAGAAAUUUAAUUCAUUAGACAUGAUUUUUAUAAUAGCAUCUCCAAAUAUAAGGCCAUGGAAUCCAAAUAUGAGAAAUGUAUCGAUAUAUUUGCUAUUCUAGAUUAUCAGUCUAAUAAGAAUGUGCAUCAAAACUAAGAAACUAUUGUUUAUGACAUCAUUUGGAGCCCAAGCACUUGCAUAUUUGUGUGCUUCCAAUAUUUCGACAGUAACUUCAUCUCAUUUUAUUACAGCAUAUUAAUAUUACGAAUGGAAAUGGAGAAGGCAGUAAAUUGGUUGACUUUCCAAAGUACACUCUUUAAGCAUUAAAAAAUUCUCAUGACGAUUUUUUUUUGGAUACAACAACAGGAGAUUUGUACUCAUACAAUAAAGUUACAGACGAAUGGAUGCCUAAAUGCAAUAUUGGGAUUCAUCACAGAAGAGAUGCGAUGGAAUAUUAAUCUAUAGGAAAGUAUGUUGUAAAAUCUCCGGCUUAUAAACCUAAAUAAGCAAUGCUUAGCAAUCAAACAGAAAUGACUUGUAUAAUCAAAAAGCCAUUUUUACAUUAUUGGUUGUUUAAAGAUGUUAAUAUUGAGUUUUAAAUUAAACAAUCAAAUACCUGGGAUAUACAUACAAUCACAUUCACUAAUCCAGAAAAAGUAUCUAAAUCAAUUAAAUACUAGAGGUUUUUAUCAUUGGCUGAAAAUAACCUACGAGGUCCCUUAAUCUUAUAAUGUGAUAACAUAAUAGCAGUGUUAUUUGAACCAGAUUUUAAAUAAAAAGAUUAAAUUAAUCUGUUAUCUAAUUUUAUAGAAAAUGGUAUCAAGGUAAUAAGAUAUUCAAAUACAUACGUAUUCAAUAUUAACAUUUUUAGAAUACAAUUAGUAUUAUUAACGAAAGGUAAUACUGUUCCCCAAGAGGAUUAGACAACAUAGAAUUGAUCUAUAAUUAAGAUACAAAAAAGAAAACUCAACAUUUACAAGAAGAUAUAAUGAAGAAUUAGCAUAAAGCUUACGUGAAGGAAUAUCGUAAACUAGUCAAUAAGGCAAUUUUAGAUACAGAGAAAGAGAGAGACAAAAUAUUACAUGUUGGUUUCUCAGUAAAGAAAAAUCGUUUACCAGAGUAUAUAAUAUACUAUAUAGUGUUGUUGAAUAAAAUAAUAUACAGUAGAAAACUUUGAAAGCAAAUCAAAGAAAAUCCUUUCUUGCGAAAAAAUAGCAAUUUUACUAAAAUUUUGAAUCUCUUAAACUUAAUUUAGAUGCAAAUCAAAGUUACAAGAAUCCUUCAACUAGCCGAUCACAUUUAAAAUUACGAACUGAACCUAAAGUUACAUUUCAAACAAAUGAAGAAGUUGAUGAUUCAAACUUACUUCAAACCUAUAGAGUGUUAUCUCAAGUUGAAAUCAGAAGAUAGUUACAUCCUUCACUAAAUCAAGAAUUUUUGGGAUCUCAAAAAAUUUGGAUUCCAGGAUUCUUGAAAUAAAACAAAUCCAAGUUCUCCUAAUCAUAGCCAAAUUCUGGUAGAUAAACAUUUUAAUAACUAAGUGAUUGA